AAGGACCCGUACGUUCUGAUCUCGACUGUGCUUCGUUGGAUUUGUUUCAUUACCCCACGUGGGCGAUCCGCGAUCAUUCACUGUCCCGAUCAUGGAGAGCUUUUAAUUCAACCGCUUGCGAAUCCUCUUGACUCUACUCCCGAGCUCUCCACAGAUAUCCACCUCGAAAGCUGGGAUACGAGUCUAUUCCUCCAAGUCGCAAAACGAUGUCUCCGUUCACUACGAGCCUGGAAGAGGGUGUUUACCGAAUCUGUAAUGGAAGCGGCCCAAACCUUUGGCUGACAAUGGACCCGCCCGAUCCAGGUUACCAGGGAAGCCCGUCAUUUGUUGGCGUUAGACCGGACAAUCCAUCUGCUAGAAAUCAACAAUGGAAAAUUAUCUUCUAUCCCGAGUCGAAUAGUUAUUCCCUUUUCAAUCUUGGGCAGAGUCUUUACGUCUCUGUAGGAUGGUCCCGGGUUCUUGAAGGUCGACCUAAGCCACUUGCGUUUCGUCUGCGUCCGGGAGGUGACCAGGAACAUAUCCUGUACUUCCCAACGAGAUCCUUUGCGUCAUACAUCGGUGGCUCACGGGUUAUCAUUUCCGAUGAGGGUAGUGAAGCGAAAGCAAGGUGGAAAUUCAACAGGGUUUCGAGAUCUGUGAGGAUUCCGAAGGCACCACCACUGGUGGAGGUCCCAGCUAUUCCCGAAGGAACUUAUCGAAUCGCGAAUGCCCAUUCAAGGACGUACCUUACCAUGCUCGACACGCCUCAAAGUGGGCAGAAAUACCCUUAUGUCGUGGGGCGGACGUACCGGUCCGAUUUGACUGCCCAACGAUGGGAAGUAACACUCCACGAUUUAACCCAAACCUACUUCCUCAAAAACGUUGGUACUGGACGCUGGUUGAGCAUUCAAGAAAACGGGACGACUGGAUCCAUUUUCACGGGUGUGGACGAGGAGAUACGCGCUGUGCACUGGGAUUUAAGACAGGCGGAAUCGGAAGGGGAGUUUUAUAUUCAGCACCAGGGGGGUGUUUUUCACAGCGUUGCGCGGUUGGAUGGCGGAAGUGGAAAUGAUAACACUGUGGUCAAGCUUCUGACUCGGAUGACCUUUGAAUCCCCUCCUCCCCCCAUUCUAGUUUCAUAUGAUACGUGGACAUUUGAACCGGCAGAGGAAGAUGUGGAUCCCACCGCUUUGCAAGAUCUCCCUUAUGGAGGAUCUCUGAAAACGGGAACGAUCCGGAACGUCACCACGCGGGGCCUUUUGACUCAAGAUGAAACGUUUCCUCCUUCUCCUUUCAAGCCUCAUUCUUCAAGCCCUUUGUUGAAUUGUUCAAAGGAGCUUUCAGUAUAUCUUCCAGAGUGUAUAUUCCGGACGAUUCAUCUCAACGUUGGGCCGCUUCGACAAUUUUCUUCCAAUCAAGUUUUCCCUUGGGUUGUAUUACACGGUGAAGAAACGGGCGAGUUCGUACUGUGCCUCCCAGGUUCAGAUCAGGUGGUAUCAAUAGGCGAACCACAUCUGCACAUGACGACCAGACUUACCUCUAGUCGGGCUAAUGGGAAUAGGCAACGCUGGAUCUUUGAACCUGUGGAUUCGGAGGGAUCAGAUCUUGAAGAUCCGAACACUCCAAAUUACCCUUCAUCGUAUUCACUUCUGAACCUUGGACCAAGUGAUAGCGGUAUAUAACGACCUCUCGUCUGGUCGCAACUAAAGGGAAUGGUUGACUUCUCAUGUAUAUUAGUCUGAAUGAACCUGUUCGGUUUGAGGAACACAGCUGCAUCAUGACCCCUGUCAGAGUGGAUUUGCACCGAAGGGAGGGGGUUGUGGCAUUAUGGCAUUUUUGCUAAACAUUGUACAAGGCGUUCAACAACAUUGCCAUCUACGCUACGACGAUUGUAAAUCUCUUUCGAUUUGAUAAUAUCUGACCGGCACUUUGCC